AUGCCGAACAUCUACGCCGACGUUGACGCAGCCGCAUUGAAGGCGGACGCGGAGGAGUGCAUGCUCUCAUUCGGCUCGGCCUUCCACCCUGACAUAAUUACUCACGCUAAGGAUGGAUACAUCUACACCUCCGAUGGCCACCGAAUGCUGGAUUGGACGUCUGGACAAAUGUCCUGCCUCAUUGGCCACGGAAACCCAGAAAUCGUUGAAGCCAUCACCCAGCAUGCUUCCAACCUCGACCACCUCUUCUCUGGCAUGCUUAGCCCACCGGUUAUCAACCUGGCCAAGCGUCUGACCAGCCUGACACCUCCAGGCUUGGACCGGGCUUUCUUCCUCAGCACCGGCGGCGAGAGCAACGAAGCCGCCAUCAAGCUGGCCAAGUCGUACACCGGCAAGUUCGAAAUCGUCGGAUUGUCCGCGAGUUGGCACGGCGUGACGGGCGUUGCCGCUGCCGCGCAAUACCUCUCCGGCCGAACCGGCCACGGUCCCAUGAUGCCCGGCUCCCUCAUGCUCCCGGCACCCAACAGCUACCGCAGCAUCUUCCGGCACGCCGACGGCACUUACGACUGGCGCACCGAGCUGGACUACGGCUUUUCGCUCAUCGACCGGCAAUCCUGCGGCAGCCUAGCAGCGCUGAUCGUCGAGCCGAUCCUCUCGUCUGGCGGCAUGCUGGUGUUGCCGGACGGCUGGCUGGCGGCGGCGAAGGCGCACUGCGCGGCGCGCGGCAUGCUGCUAAUCGUCGACGAGGCGCAGACGGGCAUCGGGCGGGCGGGAGACAUGUUUGCGUUCGAGCACGAAGGAGUGGUUCCUGACGUGCUGACGCUGAGCAAGACGCUGGGGAAUGGCGUGCCGCUGGCCGCCGUCGUGACGAGCCACGAGAUCGCGCGCGUGACGAAGGAGAAGGGGUUCCUGUUUUACACGACGCAUAUUAACGACCCCAUGCCUGCGGCCGUCGGGCUGAAGGUGCUGGAGAUUGUGGUGCGCGACGGGCUGGUGGAGAACUCGCGGCGGUUGGGGGCGAGGCUGCAGGCGGGCUUGCGGCGGCUGCAGGAGCGGUACGGGUGUUUGGGCGAUGUCAGGGGCCGCGGAUUGAUGGCCGGCGUCGAGAUCGUGGCCGACCGCGAGACGAAGCAGGGGGACGCCGAGCUGGGCUUCCGCAUCUCCAACAAGAUGGCAGAGCUCGGCGUCUGGGCGCAGUUGUCGACGUUGCCUGCCUUUGGUGGCGUCUUCCGCAUCGCACCGCCUAUCAACAUUACCGAGGAGCAGAUGGAUUACGGCCUGGCUGUCAUGGAAGAAGCGCUGCGUACUACGCCUGGGACCAUGCCUUUGUACGACGUGGCUUCCGAGAGUGAAGUUCCCAGUAGGCUGUAG